AGCUUUUUCCUGGGUUCUUCUCCCACCCAGCGCCUGGAGCUGGCUCUUGGGACUGCAGGUAGGAUUCAGAGGAAGAGCGUGUGGCAAGCCCUUCUGAAAUGAGCCAGCGGAAGAAACCUAAGAGUCACGGUCCUGCCGGCCAUGGGUCUAGCACCAGGGACCUUGCCUCAGAGAAGUACAAGGACUACUGUGCUGUGGUAAUAGACACUGGCACUGGCUACACCAAGAGUGGGCUGGCCGGGGACGAGAAACCACGGUCCAUCCUGCCGAGCUGCGUAGGGGUUCCCAAGAUCAGGACCAAGGACAGCCCCCUAUAUUACAUCGGGGAAAGCAUCCCACGCAGGAGCUCGGAGGUGAUCACGAGCAUGGUGAUGACCCAUGGUGUGGUGACUGACUGGGACGCCCUAGAGAUGUUAUGGCACCACAUCUUCAACAGAGAGCUCAGUGUGUGCCCCAAGGAGCUGGCCGUGCUGGUCACAGAUGCCCCCCUCUCUCCAACCACCAACCGGGAGAAGAUGGCCGAGUUGCUGUUUGAGAGCUUUGAGGUGCCGGCAAUGCUUGUGGCCCACCAGUCCCUGCUCUCGGUAUAUUCCUAUGGGCGCACCAGUGGGCUAGUGAUUGGCUCUGGCUAUGGGACCUCGUACACCGCCCCUGUCCACGACGGCUACAUCCUGCCUCACGCCACCUACCGGCUGGACAUGGCAGGCAGCAGGCUGACGCGUUACCUAGCCAAACUGAUGGGGGAGUGCGGGAACCCCUUCCAGGAGGAAGAGCUGGAGCUGGUCUGCAAGAUAAAGGAGCAGUGCUGCUACAUCCCCGAGGACUUCCAGGCUGAGCUGAAUGGGGACGAGAAGAAAUACCUCAUGGACUUCACCCUUCCCGACAAGCAGGUCAUCUCCAUUGGCAGUGAGCGCUUCCGCUGCCCUGAGGCGCUUUUUACCCCCUCUGUCCUCGGCUUCCCUGAGGUGGGCAUUCACAUCCAUGCCAUGAACAGCAUCAGGAAGUGCAAGCCAGAGCACCAGGCAGAGCUGCUGGCCAACAUGGUGCUGGCUGGGGGAACCACCAUGCUCCGCGGCUUCUCUGAGAGGAUCAAGAAGGAGCUGCUCAGGAUGGAGACAGUGGGCAAGGGGCAAGUGGGCAUCCUGGCUUCCCCCCACCGCAGCUACUCGGCGUGGCUGGGUGGCUCCAUCAUAGCAUCACUCAAUGCCUUCCAGAACAUCUGGAUCAGCCGCCUGGCCUACAAUGAGAAAGGAUCCUUUGUAGUCCACCGGCACUGCUUCUGAGCGGGCAAGCUGGGCGGGCACAGGGCAUGAGAGGCAUGGGUACGGGAAAGCCCCUCUAUAAACGCUGCUUACGGGACAACAGGCACGGAGCUGGCUUCCUUGCUAGAUGCUGCCUGCCAACCUCGCAGAGGGGAAACCCACUGGGGCUACCCACGCUGAGCGACAGAAAUCAUGGGGUCUGCACCAUGGGCAGACCAAGAUGGGCAUAUGCACCAGAUCUGAGCUCCAUGGGCACUGAACAGGUGCAUCCAUUGGUGGGGAGGUUCCCAGGGAGCGCCCCCGGGGUCACUGCCCAUCAUUCCCUAUACCCACCAGUUCCCCCUCCACCACAGAAAACACUGCCCAUCGUACUUUAUACCUCCCGAAUCUCCACCCCCAGAACACACUACCCAUAGUACCCUACACCCACAGCUCCCCCUCCACCCUGGAACAAAGUGAUCAUCGUUCCUUAUACCCCCUGCUCCCCCUCCCCCUUGGGAGCACACUACCCAUCUUACCCUAUACCCCACAGCCCUAGCCUGCCUGCAGGAACACACAGCCUGUCCUGCUCUAUACCCCCCAGUUACCUCUCCACCCUGGAACACAUUGCCUAUCGUGCGCUAUACCUCCCGGCUAACCAGCCACCAAAUACACUGCCCAUUGUGCCCUAUACCCCACGGCUCGCCACCCCGGAACACACUGCCCAUCGUACCCUAUACCCCUGGUUCUCUCCCCCCCCACCCCGGAACACACUACCCAUCGUGCCCUAUCCCCCUCAGCUCCCCCCACUCCCCUGGAACACACUGCCCAUCAUUCCCUAUUCCCCCUGGCUCCCCCCACUCCCCUGGAACACACUGCCCAUUGUGCCCUAUACCCCCCAGCUCCCCCUCCCCCCCCGGAACACACUGCCCAUCGUGCCCUACACCCCCUGCUCCCCCCUGGGAUACAUUGCUCAUCGGGCCCCAUACCCCUGGAAGACAUUGCCUGAUUGUGCCCUAUCCCCACCCCCAACCCCGGCUCCCACUCCCCCAUGCAACACACUGCCCAUCGUGCCCUAUCGGCCCCCGGCUCCCCCCACCCCUCUGGAACACAAUGCUCAUUGGGCCCUUUACCCCCUGGGUACCCUUACCCUCUGGAACACACUACCUGUUGUGCCCUAUACCCCUGGCUUCCCCUUCCCCCUGCAACACAGUGCCCAUCAUGCCCUAUACAUCCUGCUCCCUGCUACCCCCCUGAACACACUGCCCAUCGUGCCCUAAACCCCCAAGCUUCCCCUCCCCCUCCUCCAGGAACACACUUCCCAUCAUGUCCUAUACUCCCCACUCCCCCUCCUCCCUAGAACACACUGCCCAUCGUACCAUACACCCCUGGCUCCCCCUCCCCCCAGGAACACAUUGCCCAUCGUGCCCUAUACUCCCCGGAUCCCCCUUACCCUCUGGAGCACACUGCCCAUUUUGCCCUAUACCUCCUUGUCACGAAGUGUGGGGGAGUCAGGGCUCUGCACCCCUCUCCUACUUCCUGCAAUUCACCAUGACUCUCAGCCAGCCAGUGAAACAGAAGGUUUAUUAGAGGACAGGAACACAGUCU